UUCCACACGAGCCUCGGAGACAAAUGAGAAAAGCAAAAAACGAGGCAUCAUCGGCGGCCAAGAGGUGGAAGUAGCUCGAAAGGCCUGGUAUCGCCCCGACAACGCCACCACCAGCCACCCCCACGGAGCCUGAAUAAUGAGGAGGCGUCCGCGGCGCCGGAGGCUUGGCCCGAGCUGAUCACCGCACCCCCCAGAGAAAAGACUGCGCGGAAAAAGUAAUACCAUGUCGAGAGCACUGCCGGUCGGCUGCAGGUGAUAUGGAAGCCGGGGACGAGCAGGACGAGGACUCGGCGGCGAUGAACGAGGCGCGACAUGCACAGGUGAGCCUCGACAGCAGCAGCCACCGGCAGCACCGCCAGAGCACGGAUACGGUGAAGGUAGCGGCCAGGGUGCAGUGCUCGCUGCAGCGCUCGUCGUCGCGGCCGAGCCCACCUCCGGGCGAGGGCCUCGAGAGGGGGGAGGAGGAGCUCGGCUUUGACGGGGUACCAAGGAUCAGUCGAGCGAAGCGGCUGUCCUGCCAGGAGCCCAUCCGGCGCGACGAGGAGCUCGACAUGGACGCGGUCGGCAGGUACCUGGAGGCGAACGCGGGGCUGGCCGAGGCCUGGAUCCGGGAGAACGCGAGCCCAGAGCUGAAGCUGCGGCUGCAGGCGUGCUGUCUCGCGACGAGCAAGUCCUCCUCGACGAGCCUCCAGCACGAAGAGAGCGCGCUCAGCCGGAGCAAGCGUAACAGCAUCACCUCCGACUUGUUUCAGUCCUGGCUCGCCUCCAACUCGCCCGUCAAGCGCAGUCGCAGCCCCAGCAGAUCGUCGAGCUCGCUGCUGAGCCGCAGGGAGGAGCUGAACAAGCUGGACGAGAACGACCUGUUCAUGGAGCUGAUUCGGGACGUGGCGAACGAGCUCGACAUAAACGUCCUCUGCCACAAGAUACUGGUUAACGUGGGUAUACUGACCCACGCCGACCGGGGCAGUUUGUUCCUGGCCAAGGGCCCGUUGGAGGCGCGUUACCUCGUGGCCAAGCUCUUCGACGUCACCCAGGACACCGAGUUCGAGGAGGCCGUCCAACGCGCCCACACCGAGGAGAUACGCAUACCCUUUGGCGUCGGCAUCGCCGGCUACGUGGCCCAGAGCAAACAGACCAUCAACAUCAAGGACGCCUACAAGGAUCCCCGGUUCAACAGCGCGAUCGACAUGCGCACGGGGUACAAGACGACGCUGAUCCUGUCGAUGCCGAUCUGCAACUACGAUGGGGACGUGAUAGGCGUGGCGCAGAUAAUCAACAAGACGAACGGCAGCCACGAGUUCACGGAGCGCGACGUCGAGGUGUUCCAGCGCUACUUGACCUUCUGCGGCAUCGGGAUCCAAAACGCCCAGUUGUUCGAGCUGUCGGUCCUGGAGUACCGGCGCAACCAGAUCCUCCUUAACUUGGCGCGCAGCAUCUUCGAGGAGCAGAACAACCUCGAGUGCCUCGUCACCAAGAUCAUGACCGAGGCCAAGGACCUCCUCAAGUGCGAGCGCUGCGCCGUUUACCUGCUCGAUCUCGACUGCGGCGAGGCGGGUCACUUGGAAAAAAUCGUCGAGAGGCCGGGCAAGUCCAUCCAGGAGUCGCGGAAGCCGCUCUCGAGGAGAGAAAGCAACAACAUCGAGAUGGAGGACAUCCUGCAGCAACACCAGGCAGGCGAGAGCAGCAAGUUCACGAUGGUCUUCGAGAUGGAGAACGAGACGCAAGAGGCCAAGGUCUAUCGGCCGACGAACGGCGACCUGACGAGUCCCCUGGGCAGGAUAGCGCGCUACGUGGCAGCGACGGGCCAGAUCCUCAACAUCGGGGACGUGGCCUCGUGGUCGCGGCGCCAGGUGUUCCAGGUAGGCGUCGAGCCGACGCGCAGCAUACUCUGCAUGCCCAUCGUCAACGGCCAGCGCUCCGUCAUCGGGGUCGCCCAGCUGAUAAACAAGGACAACGGCUUCUCUUUCACCGACUCGGACAUCGAUGUAUUCGAGGCGUUCGCGAUAUUCUGCGGCCUGGGCAUCCACAACACCCAAAUGUACGAGUCGGCGUGCAAGCUGAUGGCCAAGCAAAAGGUCGCUCUCGAGUGUCUCAGCUACCACGCGACGGCUACCAACGAUGACGCCCUCAGACUCAUGUCCGACGAGAUACGGCCCGCCGAGCAGUACAACCUGUACAGCUUCAUGUUCAUCGACUUUGAUCUCACGGACGAGGACACCUGCCGGGCCACCAUACAGAUGUUCAAGAGCCUCGACCUCAUCAACAAGUUUCACGUGCCCUACGACGUGCUCUGCAGGUGGAUACUCAGCGUCAAGAAGAACUACAGGCCAGUAAAGUACCACAACUGGAGGCACGCGUUGAACGUGGCGCAGACGAUGUUCGCGAUGCUCAAGACGGGAAAGAUGGAGCAGUUCAUGGAGGACAUAGACAUGUUCGGGUUACUGGUGGCUUGUCUAUGCCACGAUCUCGACCACCGGGGCACGAACAACGCCUUCCAGACAAAGACGGAGUCGCCCCUGGCGAUACUCUACUCGACCAGCACCAUGGAGCACCAUCACUUCGACCAAUGCGUCAUGAUACUCAACUCGGACAGCAACAACAUAUUCCAGAACCUCGCGAUGGAGGACUACCGGCGCGUCAUGAGGGUCGUCGAGAACGCGAUACUAUCGACGGAUCUCGCGGUCUACUUCAAAAAGAGGAACCGAUUCAUGGAGCUCAUCGAGGAGGGCGAGUUCGACUGGCAGAGCGAGGAGAAGAAGGAACUGCUCUGCGGGAUAAUGAUGACGGCCUGCGACGUGAGCGCGAUCUCGAAGCCCUGGGAGAUCCAGCACCGGGUGGCCAAGCUCGUGGCGGACGAGUUCUUCGACCAAGGCGACCUAGAGCGGCUCCAGCUGAACCAGCAACCCGUGGCUAUGAUGGACCGCGAGCGCCGAGACGAACUGCCCCAGAUGCAGGUCGGCUUCAUCGACGUGAUCUGCCUGCCCCUGUACAAGGUCCUCUCCGAGACGUUUCCCUGGAUCCAGCCCCUGUACGACGGCACCCUCGACAACCGCAAGCACUGGCAGGACUUGGCCGAGAAGGUCGAGAUGGGCCUCACGUGGAUCGACAGGGACGAGAUAGAGGAGCCCGUCGAGGAGUUCGUCUCGACCGAGCCCAAGGACAUCGAGUUCACCGUCACCACCCUCAACUGCACCGCCCACCACGCCGACAAGAAGCCGACCGACGCGCUGCCGCACUACGGGGCCAAAUCGUCGCUGGGUAGGUUUGCAUCGCUGCGCAAGGGUGGCAGGACUCUGAGCAAGGGGGUGCGCAGCCGGUUGAGCCGGUCCCUAUACUCGAAGACCAGUUCCGAGGACGCGGCGAUUACGGCUGUAGCCGCCACGACGAAGACAACGGCGACUACCGGUGCCACAGCAGCUGCCACUGCGAAGGGUAGCGCCAAGGGGUCCGCCGUGUCGGAGCGCAAGAGCCGGAACAAGCUGUGCAUGCUCAUAUGACGGCUGACCUCGUCGAACCUCGAGAGCAUACCUGAGUAAAUCCCACCCCCCUUCGAGCUACGAUGAGCUCUCCCGAUGGCCCGUUGGAGAUGAGCCAACGGAAAGUAUGUACACCGAUUGUCCAGCUUUAGAAUGAUAUUGGUUU